AUGAGGAGCUACACCCACAUCUGCUUGUUGACCGUUGUGUCGGCCGCUUUUUCACCUCCAACUUCCUCCGCUGGUGACCAUCUAGAGUUCUACAAGGAGCUGAACUAUCCUUGGGUUGAUAAGGAGGGCCCCCUAUGCUUGAACGAAACUCUAUGCCCUCAAAACCCCAACUAUACUUGGAGCAGCUACUUCAAGUACUUUCUCGAUAAGGGUGUCAAAAACUUCGUUCUCGGAGGCCUCAUCAUGGCAAGGAGUAGCAUAUGGUUCUCCGGAGCUUUCCACUCCUUUGACCAAUGGAAUCUCUCUGCGUUCAUUGCACUGCGGAAGGAAGUGCGAGCUCGAGGUGGCAGGAUACUGGGUGACCUGCACGACCAGCAAGUUGAGCGGGAGGGGUCUUUCAACAAGACACUCUUCCGCGAGAAUGUUGACAAGUUCUUGCAGCACUUCCCCGUCGACGGCUUCAGGAUAAAGGAUUUCCUUCCCUAUAGUGAACAGACCACCCAACAUGUGAAGGAGGCUUUAGAGGUUUUCAAUGAGAUGAAGUUGACUUCUUCGAUCCGGGUGCAGCCUUCCCAGCUGGAUGCAUUCGCGAAGGCCAAAUUGGGAGGAAUCCCGAAGACAACUUUCCUCUCUUUGUGGCCGAAAUACUGUGACAAGGAGGAGACAAUCGCGUUUAACACAGACAAGUUCGCUGAACAAGCCAUCAAGAACGCCACUGUGGCUGGUGUGGAUCCAAGCAAGAUUGUUCUGGAAUUGCACGGCGGUCCAGUGGAUGAUGAACUCGACAUGGCUGAAAGUGCGACUCAGUCUCUAUAG